UGAAUGGGAAAGAUCGCGUGGUGUCAGUGUAAACCAACAGUACGAUUCAGCGUCCGAGAAUUCCUCCCCCUUUCCCCCCAGUCACUUACACACGUACAUUAUCUAUUUUCAUGGUGUGGCUUGCGUAGUGCUUUUGUCCUUUUCAUCUUAAUAGUUCACGGGGUUUAGAUGAUAUCUGUCAUAUGGAUGUUCAACUAACAUUUGUAGUACCGCUGUAAAUGUAUUGUGGAAUCGGUGCUUUGUCAAAAUGGAACAAAGAAGACCUCAUCAAUGGCUGGAGCGUCAUGUGGAAAUCUUCCUCAUUGCCCUAUCGCUUGUUUUUGGGAGAAUGGUUUUGGCACAAGUACGCUACUCGAUCUCUGAAGAGCAGAAGGACGGAGCUGUUGUGGGAAAUAUUGCGAAGGAUUUGGGUAUUGAUCACAGAACAUUAAAGGAGCGAGGAUUUCGCAUCGUCUCGACCUCAGGCGAGUCAUUGUUCAUCGUCAACCAAAAUGACGGUGUGUUGUAUGUGAACGGUAAAAUAGACAGAGAGGAGGUGUGCGAAAGAUUCACCCCGUGUUUAAUCAAUCUAAAAAUCGCUUUAGAAAAUCCACUCGAGAUUCAUUACGUGACUGUUGAUAUAAUUGACGUAAAUGAUCACGCUCCGAAAUUCCCGGAGCAUGAAAAGCGCUUAGAGAUUGGUGAAUCGGUGCUUCCUGGUGCGCGUUUCCAACUUCAGGCGGCGCGCGAUCCAGAUAGUGGCAGCAAUUCAGUCCAGAUUUAUAAAUUGAGCCACACCGAAUAUUUCCGUAUUGACAUCAAAGACCGUGACCGAGACGGCAAAGUUCCCUUUUUGAUUUUACAAAAGCCACUCGAUAGAGAGAUUACAAAACGUAUAGAAUUGCAAUUAACUGCUUUAGAUGGAGGCAGACCGCCAAAGUCUGGAACUAUGGAGAUAAAGAUAGAUGUGUUAGAUAUAAAUGACAAUGCACCUGUUUUUACCAAAGAUACUUACAGCGUAAUUCUAAAUGAAAACACGCCUGUGGGUACAACAGUAUUAAGGGUAAACGCAACCGAUUCAGACGAAGGUCAUAACGGUGAAGUAGUUUAUUCACUAGGACAUAACGUAAAUGAUAAAGUAUUUGAUGUUAACCCAAUUACUGGAGAUAUUACUGUAAUAGGUAUUUUGAAUUUUGAAGUUAAAGAUGUAUAUGAGAUAGAUAUUCAAGCCUCAGACAAAGGGAUUGUGCCUCUAACAACAGAUAAAAGUGUAACUAUAAAAAUUGCAGAUGUAAAUGAAAAUGCCCCUCAGAUAGAAGUGACAUCAUUUUCAAAAACUGUUCCUGAGGACUCUAAACCUGGCACAACAGUGGCUUUAAUAAGUGUAUCUGAUUUAGAUUCUGAAAUAAAUGGCAGAGUUUCAUGUUCUAUACCUGAGGACAUACCCUUUAAAUUAAUGCCUUCAUCACAAGAUAAUACAUACUCUUUAGUUACUACAUCAACUCUUGACAGAGAGACAAUAUCUCACUAUGAAGUCAUAUUAGUAGCCAAAGAUGCUGGGCAGCCACCUCUGUCUUCUGUCAAAACUAUAACUGUGCAGGUGUCAGAUGUAAAUGAUAACAGCCCAGAGUUCAGUUUUUCUCCCUAUGCGUUUUAUAACGACAAUGUUCCAGUGAUCUUAUAUCCAGUCAGCGCUAACGGUUCUGCUGAGGGUGUGGAGGAGAUUCCUCGCAAUGUGAACGCAGGUCAUUUGGUGACUAAAGUCAGAGCCUAUGACGCAGAUAUUGGAUACAACGGCUGGUUAUUAUUUUCACUGCAGGAAGUUAGUGAUCACAGUCUCUUUAGUUUGGAUCGCUAUACAGGACAGAUAAGAACCCUUCGCUCAUUCACAGAAACAGACGAGGCCCAGCAUAAACUGGUCAUACUGGUGAAAGACAAUGGGAACGUUUCUCUGUCAGCAACAGCGACUGUGAUUGUCAAAGUUGUGGAGCCCAAAGAGGCUUUUGCAGCUUCUGAUGUUAAAAACGCAGUAAAAGACGAGGAGGAAAACAACGUGACAUUUUAUUUGAUCAUCACACUGGGCUCUGUGUCAGUGCUUUUUAUCACCAGUAUCAUCGUGUUGAUUGUAAUGCAGUGCUCUAAAUCUACUGACUAUUCAUCUAAAUAUUUACAAGAUACAAAUUACGACGGGACUCUGUGUCACAGCAUUCAGUACAGAUCUGGAGACAAACGGUACAUGCUAGUUGGACCCAGAAUGAGUAUCGGCUCUACUCUAGCACCUGGCAGUAAUAGGAAUACUCUAGUGAUACCAGAUCGCAGGAGAAGAGAUUCUGAAGAGGUAAGAGAAUACAAGGUUUGAUAACGUCUAAUUCCAUUAGAUAAAUAUUAACAGCUAUUAAUUGGUUUAUGCUCCUCAUUGUGGAGGGAUCAGUUUAUUUUAUACAUUUUGUGCAUUUAUUAUUUUUAAUUUGACCAUCUCUUUUUGCUUCUCAUUCAGUUUAUUUAUUUUGCACCAUAUUUUUUAACAUUUGGAUUAAUAUUACUGUAUUUUGUGCAAUACAUUUACUUUGGUUUUACAGAAGAUGUCUUCUGUUUAUGUUUAGACAACUUGAAUAAUUUUCAUUGGCACUGGACCGGAAAGGGAACCUUCCAAAGUAAUUUGCAAAGACCUAGAGGUGACAGUAGAUGUUGAAACUGUGUAUUGGGUUUGUGAUUUUAGCAAAGUAAAAAACUGGAAACUUGUUAGUAUUGUUAUAGCAUGUUGAAUUACUGUAACGCCAAUGGU